AUGGGGACCGCCGAAACUCUGUUGAACUGGUACGCGUCUCUCGAGUCUCGCACUGUUGACCUGGUGGGGGACUAUGCCGGUGACGAGCUGUUUAUCAUCGAAGGAGACUCGCUGCUCGUCCACACCUUCUCUGAUGCCAAACUGGACUUUAACCCUGGAUUCCAGCUGCUUCAUGCCACCUACAUUCUGGAGAACUUCCUACGCGCACUGUCCCAGCGAAAAUGUAGGUUCCAUAUCGUCUUUUUUGACGAGAAUUCUGUGUUAUGUUUCCCGCGUAACGCGCCUAGUUCCCUGCAUUCCCGCUUUUUCCUUGCACGGGAGUCUAUCAUUCAACACCUGCGAGCCAACCUUCGUACAUCUUCGCCGUCGAUCGAGAUCAGGGUUUUUGGCGCUUACCACUCACAAGACUUUACAAGUUACUUAUUUACAUCUGGAGCUUACUUCGUCAUGUGUCACGAUGGCGUCUUUGUUGGCAGAAAACCCUUCAGUGAUCAUGAUUCUGAGGCUGAAAAUACCUCCUCCGAUGAUGAUCAUGAAGAGCCACGGACAUUUAAUAAUAAAGAUGAUCUAGCCGACGAAAGCAGCCUUGAGGAGAAUCGGUCACAAUCCGCCACGAGUAACAGUGCCCAUCAUGCUACCGGAUUCAGGUCUAUGAUAAACUGGUUCAUUCGGUUAGGUUACAAUAUCGCUCUUAUCAACGCCAUAGAAUGUCGGGAUACCAAGGUAAUGGCAAUGAUUGUUGAAGGUAGUGCAGUAAGGGCUCGGCUUGUACCUCUGCAUAAACCUAUGGACAAUGAUACACAAACUGGGACUCUCUACGCGGACCAUGUUGAGGACUUUGAAUUAGUCUCAGAAUCUGGCGAGCCCGAGUCUGAUGAACUCGAAGAUGCCAAAGUAGGAGCUACUGAGAAAUUUGAUGGACCGGAGAAAGAGCCUAACGGGCUCCUGAUAUCAGACAUAGCGGUGCCUAGGUUGAAGAACCUCCAAAUGCCUGGGGAAAUUCAACAGGAUGUGCAUAUUCUGCAAGAACUUUGGGAUACCUUAAAGGAUUCUCAUUACGCAGACCGUAGUCAUCGCGAUGUAGUCCUCCUUCUGGCGCUGGGCUUAAUGUACCGAUCUGCCUCACUAGAUCAAGAGAAUACAGCGGAACUACGGUCAAUAAUUUUGCAGAACGCCAUUUUGCACGAGUGCCAAUUAUCUUACCGGGCCGUUCCAGGCGUGACCGUGGGUGGUACUUUUCUCACAGAUUUCACUAAAGCAGCGUGCCGAGUCCUAAGGUCUGAUACCUGGAAGUCGAUAAUUCACGACAGGUCGUCGGCCUGUGACUUGGCAGAUCUCCUAGAUGGCCGACUGUUUUGUCAUCUCCUAAAUGGGGAUAUCGCACAUAUUAUCACUAACCCAUCAGUAGCUUCCAGAUUUAGUACCCUUUCAACCUGGUUGAAACGUCUCUGUGGUGUUGAUGUGCAACUUGGCUCGUUGAAUUCAAGUGUUCUCCCAUUCAGCCAUCCCGUCUUCAACCCCCAUUUGGAGCCUGUUCAUCUUUCUAUAGAUGAUAGUGAUUCCAAGGGCGUUCGGAAAGAUACUUCACGGGUCUUCUUGGAGCUUAGCCAUUGGCACAACCACCAUCGUCCCAUCGGUAGCAAAACCUCCAGUGUGAAAAUGACUGAACGAGAGGCCUUUCGUGCUAAUCGUCGCAACCAAUUCUUCAUGGCUGAAAUGACAGAUUAUUCCGCCAGCCUAACUAAUGCUCCUGGGGGCGUACUGAACCCGGAGACAGUCUUUCUAAAUUCGGCUAAGGAUGAGAGAAAGCUAACGUCUUCAAAGGGCCCAGGUUCCCAUUCCCAAGCUAACGAGAAAUACCCAGCAAAGUCUAAUGGAAAAUCAAAGCCCUCUGCGAAAGAUCUCGUUUUAGCCGCAAAUGAGAAAAGACGAAAUGAACUAAUUGACAAACAGCUUCGGGCGUGGCGUACUGUGAAGGCCAAUUUUCACAAAGAGAAUGACCUCGCUUCCCGGUUUACCAAGGUAAAAAAGUACUUGUCUGAUCGCCCAAGCGACUCUAGUGUCGCGUUGCAAGCCGAAAUUUGGACUUACUUGUUGAGCAUUUUGGUUAAGCUGUGGGUUUCCAGAUGCUUCGCAGGUGAACGGGACAGGUCCCUGCAUAUUGCAGCAUUUAUUUGGGAUAUAGUCUACCGUGUCAGCAAGAUGAAGGAUGGAUUAACACCAGAUAUAGCCGCAGAUAUUUUGGCAACUACGAAAGCACUUCGGUUACCAGAUGUGGAGCUUCCUGUCCAGCCUACCCAGGUAUCCUUAGCAGUGGGUGGGUCCGAUAUAUUAGAGUCCUUGGGGAUGGGGUCGGUCGAUAUUAGGUUGUCCACGAAGGAGUUUCAGCUGGUCCAUGCAGCUCCGUUCUUUGAUCGAAACAUGGGCUCCGCACCAGAUUCUCGAGUGCGCAACUUUGAACCGGACAAAUGGCAGCGGGAUGUGUUAGAUGAGAUCGAUGCCAACAGAAGCUUAUUUGUGGUUGCACCCACUUCAGCGGGGAAGACAUUUAUCUCAUUCUACGCAAUGAAGAAAGUGCUCCAACAGGAUGAUAAUGGGGUCUUGGUAUAUGUCGCUCCAACCAAGGCUCUCGUUAACCAGGUAGCAGCCGAAAUCCAGGCUAGAUUUUCCAAAUCUUUCAAGCACGGCGGGAAGUCUGUCUGGGCUAUACAUACGCGCGAUUAUCGCAUCAACAACCCUACAGGUUGUCAAGUCCUUGUCACGAUCCCGCAUAUCCUACAAAUAAUGCUACUUGCACCAGCCAAUGCGACCUCAUGGUCCUGUCGAGUAAAACGAAUCAUCUUCGAUGAAAUACACUGUAUUGGCCAAGCUGACGACGGUGUUGUAUGGGAACAGCUGCUUCUGCUUGCCCCUUGCCCUAUUAUAGCUUUAUCGGCUACAGUGGGUAAUCCUCAGGCGUUUUAUAAGUGGCUAAGUAGCACCCAAAGGGCAAACGGUAUCGAUAUCACAAUGGUAGAACACCGCCACCGUUAUUCGGAUCUACGGAAAUAUGUGUACAAACCACCAAAGAUAUUCCACUUUACCAGUUUACCAGAUCCCAUUCCAUUCCCUCCUCUAGGCCUUGAUGGCGGUAUGGGUUUGGCGUUUAUGCACCCAGUGGCUUGCCUUAUGGACCGCUCGAGAGGAAUGCCUAAUGAUCUAAACCUUGAACCACGCGAUUGCUGGAUGUUAUGGAAGGCUAUGACUAAAUACCAAACGUCAGACUUUCCCGUCGACAAGUCACUCGAUCCACAAGUUGCUCUGCCGAACAUUAUUCGCAAAGUUGAUACUAUUAGCUGGGAGGCAAAACUGAAGCAGCUCUUGAAAAACUGGAUGGAAGACCCAAAGUCACCCUUUGAACUUGUUUUGGAGGAACUUGAGCUUUCUGUGCGGAGUGCACAACGGCCUGAGAUACAAAUCUCGCCGCCACAUAAGCCCAGAUUGCCUUCCGAAACUCCCCAAGAUAUUGCUAAUACCUACAUUGACUCAACCCUCCCUUUAAUAUGCUCACUACAGGAGCAUGGGGCGCUUCCAGCGUUGUUUUUCAAUUAUGAUCGAAGUGCCUGUGAGAUUAUCUGUCUUAAAUUACUCACCCAACUAGAAGAGGCCGAGGAAGCCUGGAAAAAAUCAUGUCCAGUCUGGAAAGCUAAACUCGUCCGGUGGGAGAAGUGGAAGGCAUCACAAGCCCAACAAGUCAAGAAGAAUGCCACCGCAAAUGGGGGGAAGAAGAGUAAGAAGAAAAAGCAGGAUAAAGAGACACGAAGAGGUGUCUCAAGAGAUCGUGCGUGGGAAGCGGCAAUACUGAAACAAGUCUACUUGAUUCCCCUUGGUAUCAACAUGCCCUGCAAAACGGUUGUCUUCUCUGGUGACUCUAUCUUUCUCACAGCGCUUAAUUUCCGUCAAGCUGCCGGUCGUGCUGGACGCCGAGGGUUUGACAUGCUAGGAAAUGUUGUUUUCCAGGCAAUGCCUUAUUCUAAGGUCUGCCGUUUGCUUAGUUCAAGGCUUCCGGAUCUUAAUGGCCAUUUCCCGGUCACAACGAGCCUGGUUUUAAGACUGUUUAUAUUACUGUAUGGGUCUAAACAGGCCUCUAGUGCGAUAAAGAUGAUAAAUUCUCUUUUAUCAUGCCCGCACAUUUAUCUUGGUGGAGUAGAGGCGCGGGAUACUGUCCUGCAUCAUCUGCGGUUCUCUAUCGAAUAUCUACGCCGUACUCAUCUUCUUGGGCCAAAUGGAGCCCCUCUAGGUUUUGCAGGCUGCGUAUCCCACCUUUACUUCGUCGAGAACUCCAGCUUCGCGUUUCAUGCUUUGUUAAAGGGCGGUUACUUUCACCGCCUGUGCAGAAAUCUGGGUUACUCAAGAGAGAAUACCCUCCGUACUCUGAUGCUGGUUAUGUCCCAUCUUUUUGGACGUGUACCCCUCCGAGCAGCGGUCCUCGAGAAUCGAAAGAGGAUGGAUAAGAAGUCCACAUCGAUGAUUGUCCUUCCACCCCUACCACCACACGCGGUGAAGAUACUACAUCGCGAUAAUAAAGAAAUACUGCGCAUAUUCAGCGCAUAUGCCAAAACUUAUGUGGAUCAACAUGUCGCGGAGCCUGAUUGCACUUUGCCCCUAACCGGUAUGAAGUGCGGCGGGGACGAGGAUCUGCAUUUAGGAGGAGCUAAAUCUCUGGGCCCUGUGCGAUAUACCUCUGCAUUUUACGCCCUAUCAGGACAUCAUGACCAGUGGAAAAAUAUAUCCGACCUCUGUGAAAUGAUGCGAAGUGGUGUUUGGCUCGAGAAGGCCGUCGUUCCAUAUCUAGGAAUAUACCCGGCUGAAAGCCAGUUUCCACUCAACGCCUAUCUAUACGACUUCUUCAAGCAUGGUAAUGCACAUGCGCUCCACCGGGACAACGGGAUUCGAAAUGGCGAUAUUUGGUUUCUACUAAAUGAUUUUUCUCUAGUCCUCGCAACAAUCGUGACUAGCCUUGAAAACUUCCUGAAACUUUCUCCUAACACGGAUGCGAGCAUUUUAGAUGCCAUGGGUACUGGCGAUACUCACGAAAAUGAGUUAGACGCGGCAGCCAUUCAGGAAACAGUAGAGACUACGAAUUCGAAGGGUUUGAAAGCUGUCGAUCGAGGUGCAGCGAAGGGACUGCACGCAUCCACGUCGAUCCCAGUUACCACGACUCAGGCUCGCAAACAGAGGGCGACUGGUAGCUGGGAGAAUGAAGAGGAAAGCGAUGAGAGCGAUGGUGGAACAUUCGAAUCCACAGCAAAGAAGGGAAAGUUGAAAAAGGAGAAGAAGAGGGAGAAGGAAAAGGAGACUACAGGGAAAGAGAAGCAACAGUUAUCAGAGGACCAAGCCGGCUCCGCAGCCGCGUAUGAUGGGAAGGGCUCCGACAUAUCCAAUGUGCUUAUAGGAUUCAAAUUGCUACAAGCGGAGUUUAACAGGAAAUUCAAGGCAAUGUGGGCAUAA